AUGAGGAGGACGAACUGUGAGAGAAACAUCCACAAAUCCACCCUGAGUCUUCAGAAUGCAGCAAUGAAGGAAAAGUGGCCCAGGGUUCAGAGAAGUUCUCUGGCUGCUCCGCUGACUCAGCGUGGCCACGCAGGCCGCACCAAGCUUCUGCUCGUCUCCUUUGAUGGCUUCAGAUGGGACUAUGACCGGGACGUAGACACGCCGAACCUGGAUGCCAUGGCCCGAGAUGGGGUGAAAGCUCCGUAUGUGACCCCGGCCUUCUUCACCAUGACCAGCCCCACACACUUCACCCUGCUCACAGGCAAAUACAUCGAGAACCAUGGCGUGAUCCACAACAUGUGGUUCAACACCAGCACGUCUGAGAAGAAGCCAUACUAUCAGACCCAGUUUGUCAAUGAGUGGUGGGACAACGGAAGUCUGCCCAUCUGGAUCACAGCCCAGAGACAGGGUCUUCGCACUGGCUCCCUCCACUUCCCAGGCACUGCCUCCACCUACCAGGGUGAAGCCCCCAUGAUCCAGGAGGUGGAGCCUCGCUUCUACAACUACAGCAACGAGACGGCCUGGCGGGAAAACGUGGAUAAGGUGAUGGGCGCCUGGUUCCGGGACGCGGACCUGGACUUUGUGACGAUGUAUUUUGGUGAGCCGGACAGCACAGGGCACAAGCACGGGCCGGACUCGCCACAGCGGCGCCGGAUGGUGGAGCAGGUGGACCGCACAGUCGGCUACCUGCGCAGCUCGGCUGUGCACCACAAUAUCUCGGACCACCUCAACAUCAUCAUCACCGCCGACCACGGGAUGACCACGGUGUUCCGGGGCAGCUUGGUGGAGGAGAUCGUCCUGUCCAAGAUUCCCGGAUUUGCCUUCAAGGACCUGGCCUUCCACCUGGUGGACUACGGCCCAUCCGGCCUGCUCCUGCCAAAGGAGGGCAGGUUGGAGAAGGUAUAUAAUGCCCUAAAGGGAGCUCACCCACACCUCCACGUCUACAGGAAAGAGGAGAUGCCCGCAAGGUUGCACUUUGCCAACAACAACCGAAUAUUACCCAUCAUCCUCUGGGCCGACGAAGGUUAUGUCAUUAAUGGGUAUUUCCCGGUGCAAGCCAACAAAGGUGAGCACGGCUUCGACAACAACAACCUGGACAUGAAGCCAUUCUUCCGGGCGGUGGGACCAGCCUUCCGGAGGAACGUGGUGGUGGAACCCUUCGAGACGGUGAACAUCUACCCUCUGAUGUGUCACCUGCUGGGCAUCACCUCUGAGCGCAGCGACGGGCACCUGGACGCCACAUGGGCUAUGCUACGCUCCUCCGAGCCACCAGGGGACGAAGUUUCUUCCAGCAGUGUCCUGUCGAGGGUGUUCAUCGGUCUGAGUGCAGUCACUGGCUUCCUGUGCCUCGUGUUUGUCAUCGUAGUUACCAAAGGCACCAUUAAACGCAGACAGAAAGAGCAGAGUUCUCGAGACUAA